AUGACAUGGACGAGGAGCAGCCUGAGAGAAACCUGCCGAUUUCUUAUACUAAUGACUUUAUUUUUGCCAUGUGAGACGACAAGUUCUGUUUUAUCUGUAAAUGGCAAAACAGAGAACUACAUCCUCCACACUGAGCUUGACUCCCACGAGUCCCUGGAAUGUGCUGUACAGAAUCACACCAGCGAUGAGGAGCUUCUCUGGUACAGAGGGAACGGAAGAGUGGACUUGAAAUCUGAAAACAAAAUUAACUCCAGCUCCGUCUGUGUCUCUCCCAUCAGAGAAAAUGACAACGGAGUCACCUUUACCUGCAGGCUUCAGCGUGACCAGUCCAUAUCCAUCUCAGUGGUGUUGAAUGUCACUUUUCCUCCUCGCCUGAGUGGAGACGAAUUCCAAACAGCUGAGGAAGGGAGUGAUGUGUGGUUGGUUUGCAACGUGCACUCCAACCCCAAGGCUCAAAUGAGGUGGCUUAGAAACAACAGCACCCUUGCUUUGGAGGACAACUAUCAAAUCCAGGAGACGAGUGUGUCUCUUCAGCUUCUAAUCACUCAGGUCAAGAAAUCUGACAAUGGAACCUACACCUGCACAGCAGCUUCCCCUCUCUAUACGGAGACCAAGGACUUUCACCUGACUGUUAAAGAUAAAGGGCCAAUCAUACCAAUAGAGGCAAUCAUUGCUGCAUGUGUUGUGGUUUUUCUGACAUUGUGCUUCGGAGUGGUUGCUAGAAGAAAAAAAAUAAUGAAGCUCUGCAUGAAAAGGCAAGACCCCCAGAAUGGAACUUCUCUGUAA